AUGAUAUUUUAUUGGAUUCUCAAAAAAACUCUGUUUUGCUCCGCAUUGUGUUUACAAUUUCCGGCUCACAUCUUUCGAAGAACCCUACAAAAAUCCUCCUUUGUCAAAGUUGUCCACCACAAUCUGAAGAUGACGAAAAAAGUGGACAUCGAGAAAGAUUUGCCUUUCAUGGUCUAG